UUCGCAGCCGGAGCCCCAGGCGAUGUGGGAGCCUCGCGGAGCAGAGGCGUACGCGGCGGCCCUAGGCGGCGCACUCUUUCUGCUGCUAUUCGCCCUUGGGGUUCACCAGCUGCUAAGGCAGAGGCGGCCGGUGGGAUUCCCACCGGGACCGCUGGGGCUGCCAUUCAUCGGCAAUAUCUAUUCCCUGGCUGCCUCUCCCGAGCUCCCCCACGUCUACAUGAGAAAGCAGAGCCAGGUGUAUGGCGAGAUCUUCAGUUUAGAUCUUGGAGGCAUAUCAACUGUGGUUCUAAAUGGCUAUGAUGUAGUAAAGGAAUGUCUUCUUCAUCAGAGUGAAAUAUUUGCAGACAGACCCUGCCUUCCUUUAUUCAUGAAGAUGACAAAAAUGGGAGGCUUACUCAAUUCCAGAUAUGGCCGAGGAUGGGUUGAUCAUAGAAGAGUGGCUGUAAAUAGCUUUCGCUCUUUUGGAUAUGGCCAAAAGUCUUUUGAAUCUAAAAUCUUAGAAGAAACCAAAUUUUUCAUUGAUGCUAUUGAAACAUACAAAGGUAGACCUUUUGACCUUAAACAAUUAACAACAAAAGCUGUUUCAAACAUCACCAACCUGAUCAUUUUUGGAGAGCGAUUCACUUACGAAGAUACUGAUUUCCAGCACAUGAUUGAAUUAUUUAGUGACAAUGUGGAGCUAGCUGCCAGUGCCUCAAUCUUCCUGUAUAAUGCCUUUCCGUGGAUGGGCAUCUUACCAUUUGGAAAACAUCAGCAGCUGUUUAGAAAUGCAGCUGUGGUUUAUGACUUUCUCUCAAGGCUUAUUGAAAAAACUUCUGUUAACAGAAAGCCUCGGUUACCUCAGCAUUUUGUCGAUGCUUAUUUAGAUGAACUAGAUCAAGGCAAAAAUGACCCAUCAUCUACCUUCUCCAAAGAAAACCUAAUUUUCUCAGUAGGUGAACUCAUCAUUGCUGGAACGGAAACUACAACCAAUGUUCUCCGGUGGGCAGUUCUUUUCAUGGCCCUUUAUCCUAACAUUCAAGGACAAGUUCAGAAAGAAAUUGAUUUAAUAAUAGGCCCCAAUGGGAAGCCUUCUUUGGAUGACAAAUGCAAAAUGCCUUAUACUGAGGCGGUUUUGCAUGAAGUUUUAAGAUUUUGUAAUAUAGUUCCACUUGGGAUUUUCCAUGCAACUUCUGAAGAUACAAUUGUACGUGGCUAUUCCAUUCCUAAAGGCACAACAGUAAUUACAAAUCUUUAUUCUGUACACUUUGAUGAAAAGUACUGGAGAGAUCCAGAAGUGUUCUAUCCUGAGCGAUUUCUGGACAGCACUGGACAUUUUGCCAAGAAGGAUGCUUUGAUUCCUUUUUCCCUGGGGAGAAGACACUGCCUUGGAGAACAGCUGGCCCGGAUGGAAAUGUUCUUGUUUUUCACCACAUUGCUUCAGCAGUUCCACCUGCACUUUCCACAUGAAUUACUUCCAAACCUUAAGCCCAGAUUAGGCAUGACAUUGCAACCCCAGCCCUACCUCAUCUGUGCUGAAAGACGUUGAAUGCUUGAGUGUUUGCAAGAGCAAAACUGUGUGCCUCAUCUCUGAACCUUGUUAAAUCAAUGUGUGUGUUUGGACAAAGGUCACAUUAUCAUAAAGCCAA